GUCUUCUGUGGGGUUUUUUUGUGGUUAUUCUGUCUUCUCAUUUUGUGUCUUUUUUGGUCAUUUUGUGUCUUUUUCAAGACAUUCAAAGAUUUUGAAUACUUAAAUAUCAUCUUUGCCAUUUUUCAUGUGCUAAUGUGCCCCUCUGAUUAAACACUGGCCCCUCCUUGGCCCCCACAGUAAAAUUGGUCUAGAACCGCCACUGAAGCACUCCCUCCAAGUCUUGACAAAUAAGUCCUACAUGUGCGUAAAUAUUGGGCUUUUAUUUUGAAAGAUGAAAGCGGAAGUCAGAUGUCGUGCUGUAGAAGUGUUGAUGCUGAUUAUAAACAAGUAACGGAACCGGGCAGUGCCGGCUGGCUGCCAGAAAGUUGUUUUGUCGAAACCAGUAACGAUAUUACGAAAGUGUUAUGAUUAUCAGAGAAGUUUCCCUGGGUGGAUAGUUAGAGAGGAAGAAGGAGAAAAGUUAUUUACUUGGAGACUGAACUUUAUUUUGCUGUGCGUCAUGGUUUCUAAUCCCAGGCCGCCGCCAAGUGACAGAGGAAAAGUUCUAGACCGCUAUUAACUCACUUUGGGAUUGAAUGAAGACGGAGAAACUCUUCAGAUGAAUUUCGGAGUCCCCGCUAAUUCUCUGCUGCUGUUCCGGGCCUGCGACGAGGGGGACUAUGAGACCGCCCGGGGCAUCCUGGAGCCCGGAGCCCAGAGGGAGUCCGGCCGGCAGAGCAGGCUCCGGUCCGAGGCUGGAUCCGAGUGCACCACCGCAGACAUGUUGUCUCUGGUCCCGGUGGACUCCACGGACGAGGAGGGGAACACCGCCCUGAUGUUCGCCUCGGCCAGCGGGCAUGAGAACCUGGUCCGGUUCUUGUUGCGGAAGGGGGCCUCGGUGGACAGCCGCAACAACUACGGCUGGACCCCGCUGAUGCAGGCUGCUAGGUUCGGUCACCUGACUGUUGCCCACAUCCUGCUGGAGAACGGGGCAGAGAUCAAUGGGAGGAACCGUCUGGGGGCCAGUGUCCUCACUAUGGCGGCCCGUGGGGGACACACUCAUGUGGUGAAGCUGCUCCUGGAGAGCGGCGCCUACGUGGACGACUACGAUCAUCUGGCUGUUGCUGCGGAGGCGGUCUCCAACGGCAACAACAACAACAGCUGCAGUGCAUCUGGUUUUGGAGGUGGUGAAGGCUGUCCAGGAGGUGGAGGUGGUGGCAGAGAGUUCAUGGACAUCAUUGCGUUGAUGGUGGCGUCUCAGCAUGGGUUCGAGGCCACGGUGCGCCUGCUGCUAGAAUGGGGCUCUGAUGUCAACUUCUCCCAGAAGACCACUGGCUGGGGACCACUGAUGGUGGCCACGCUCAGUGGGAAGGUGGCUGUGUCUCAGCAGCUGGUGGAGCGUGGCGCUGACCCAGACCGGGUCAACGUUCUGUCCAAGACCGCCUUUGAACUGGCCAUGCAGCUAAAACAGAGAGACAUCAAGUCCUAUCUGGACUCUAUCACCACCGUCCGGCCCCAGACAGACGAUGAGAGAAGAAGACCAGACGUGUUCAGUGCCCUUAAGUUGGGAAAUUCUCAGCUAGUGAAGGAGAUCUUGGAGGAGGAUCCGACUCAGGUGAACUCGUCCAAUCAGGAGGGAGCGUCACCUCUCAUGAUGGCAGCAGUGAGCGGUCAGCUGGAGGUGGUGCAGCUGAUGGUGGAGAAGAACGCAGAGAUAGACAAACAAGAUGGCGUCCAUGGCUGGACGGCUUUAAUGCAGGCCACGUAUCACGGCAAUAAAGACAUUGUCAAGUACCUGUUGAGUCAAGGUGCUGACGUCAACCUGCGAGCUAAGAAUGGAUACACAGCCUUUGAUUUGGUGAUGCUGCUCAACGACCCAGACACUGAGCUGGUGCGUCUCUUAGCAUCAGUGUGUAUGCAAGUAGACAAGGACAAGUCCAAACACCGCGGCAGAGCCUUGAUGACUCGCUCCAAGAGCAGACAGUCCCUCAACAACGUCCCCGUGCCUCCUGACGACAAGGGGGGCCUCAAGUCCUGGUGGAGCCGGAUGUCCAAUCGGUUCAGACGGCUGAAGCUGACCCACACCCUGAGGCACGGCCUCUCAUCCAACCGCCUGGCUCCGUUCUCAGACGACGCUGAGACUUCAUUGGACGCCACGAUGAAGGCGAGCAGUAAGCCUGCUGCUGUGUCUAAUGGCGCUCCGGCACCAAGUCCCGCCCUCGGAGGAAACGAUAUCAACACUGCCUGGGCAGUGAAGAGCAAAGAUAGUGGUCUUUGCAGGACAUCCUCAGAAAAGGAGGACUUUCUUAUCACCACAAUGCUCAGAAGUGGAGCACCACUGACCCGGCUGCCCAACGACAAGCUGAAAGCGGUGAUCCCUCCCUUCUUGCCUCCGUCCAACUUUGAACCGUGGAACUCGGACCGUUCACGGCUCCUCAGGGAGGGAAAGAGUGAAGCACCACGGCUGCCCAUGCCUCCCCAGAGGAAGCUGAACAGCAGUGGAAACUCAGAUAUUACCUCUAUUAGUCGUGUUGUAAGCAGGUCCAUAAAGUUUCCCAGCAUCCCUAAGGGGCCCUCCUCCUCGUCUCCUUCCAACUCUGGCCACUACCACUCCCCCCACUCCUCCGGAGGAUCCAAUGGAGUGGCAGGGAUCAACCGGGACUCUCACAACCGCUCAGGGGGCAGUGCAGACAGCGUUCUUUCCCAGAUAGCAGCCCAGAGGAAGCGAGCAGCCGGCCUGAUAGAUGUGAAGACUCCAGCUCCAGAGAAACAGCAGAGCCAGACUCAGAGUCCAGCCUCUCUACCAGCCUCAGCACCAGGCCUGCCUCUGCCUGACGUCAAUCUCCCAGACAUCCACUCCCACCCCAGCCUGGUGGCUUCUGACAUCCACUCCAGAAGGAAGAUGGAUUUGAAGAAGAGACCUCAGUCAGGGAAUUCUUCCACAUCCAAGAGCACGUCGCCCACUCUGACUCCUUCACCUUCCCCGACUCCCAAACCUCCUACUGGACCAGGAGACUCUCUGUCCUCCGCCUCCUCCCAUCCUCGCUCCAAGAGCAGUGGAGGCUCCAGCAGUGGAACCAUUACAGAUGAAGAUGAGCUGUCUGGCAUAUUGAAGAAACUGUCCCUGGAGAAGUACCAGCCCAUAUUUGAGGAACAGGAGGUGGACAUGGAGGCGUUCCUGACUCUAACAGACGGAGACCUGAGAGAGCUGGGAAUUAAAACAGAUGGACCCAGACAACAGAUCCUGGCUGCCAUAUCAGAGCUCAAUGCUGGAAAGGGCCGAGAAAGGCAGAUCCUUCAAGAGACCAUCCAUAACUUCCAGUCUUCCUUUGGUAGCAGCGCCAGUAAUCCAAGACAACCAGGUGAACCUCGCUCACCAACUGGUUGGAUGAGACACCAGGUCCGUUCCUCCAACAAGAGGUAACCCAGCAGGAAGUAAAGCAAAGGUACUUAGAAUAAGAGUAAAAAGGUCACCUCUAGCCAAGGCAUGAAUAACAUGGAGUCUUCUGGACACCGGUGUCCCAGACCACUGUUAGUGCAAGAGGAUGCUGCAGCAAACCCACCAUCCAGACCCUGAUGCCUCCAGGACUAAACUGCAUUAAAGUAUUCCUCUUGUGGAUCCAAAAGCAGGGGAGGUGUGACGGGGCUGGCUGAGUCCAGAGCCCUGCUGCUAUUUCACAGAGCGCAUGAUGUGUGGCAAAUGAUCAUUUUUGCCAAAGUUGUUACGGUUGCCACAUCUACUGCUAAUGCAGCACUUUGGGUUAAGAAGAGAGGUUAGAGAGCAGAGAGUUCAGUAAAAUCGUUCAAAAUGUACUAGUCAGGCGGCUUAGCUAAAUAAAGGGGACACGCCGGACAAAAGCACCACAUUUUUUCCACAU